AUGAUUUCCAACCCAAAGUCUAAUGCAAUUUAAAUGAGGAGAUAGGCUAGUAACUCAUAUCUCUACGAUAAAGCAGACAUCUUGACAUAGAACGUUAUGAACUUUAAGGAAUUUAGUGCUGGAUUAUAAUCUUAUGGGCAAUCUGAUAAGGUCUGCUUUGAAGUUAUGAAGUUAAGAGCAAGGGAUGAUUGGAGAGCUUAUAUAAAAAAUGUGAACUUUGACGAUCCUAGAAACAAUAUUCAAAAUACAAUCAUUAUCUAAAAACAAGAUGAUAAGGAAGUAACACUUAAAGUAUUGCAUACAUUUAAAUUUACCUCUGAGAGGGAAAAAAUGUCUGUUAUAGUUUAGGAUGAGUAAAGCAAUAUAAACUUUAUUGUAGGGGGGCGAGCUGAUUCAGCCAUCUUAAACAACUUAGCUAAGAAAGGUAACAUUGAUGAAGAAAUAAAACCCACCUGCGAUUAUCUUAGAUAAUAUGGUCAAAAGGGAAUGAGUACAUCGGAUCAACCGCCAUUGAAGAUGUUCUCUAAGAUCUAGUAGUUAAAGACCUCAAAAGUGCAAAUAUAAAAUUCUGGCUUUUAACUGGAGAUAAAAUAGAAACUGCUAUUAGUGUGA